AAUCAGCUGUGUCCAAUCACAGCUGAUCACAUGGCACUGAUGAUCAGUCUGCCCUGAUGAUCAGUUUGGCCCCAGAAGUGCCACCUGUCAGUGCUCAUCAGUGCCAGUGCCCAUCAGUGCCACAUCAAUGCCACAUAUCAGUGCAUACCAGUGCACAUCAAUGCCACAUAUCAGUGCCCAUCUGAGCUGCCUUUCAAUGUCACCCAUCAGUGCCAGUCAGUGCCACCUAUCAAUGCCAAUCAGUGCCACCUAUCAGUGCUGCCAAUCAGUGCCGCCUAUCAGUGCCAUAUAUCAGUGUCAUGUAUCAGUGCUGCCU